AUUCAUUCAAAGUUGAUUGCUAAAGCAAGACACAGUGUAAAAGCGAUAGCUGCAAUCAAUUUAAGUUGUGCGUCAUAGAAAUUAUAUUUUUUUAAAAUAGUGUCAUAAUGCUGAAGAUCAUUAUUUGCAUUUUUUGUGUGAUUAGCUUGAUAAGUUGCAAUAUCAUUGUUGACUAUAUUGACUUUGAAACUGUUGAAGCUGACCCAGCAAUGAAAUCUGUCAACAUUUCAUUAGAAUUAGAAAAUGAUGAGAUCCAAACGAAAACAGUCGACUUGUCCUGCACCUACAAAUUUUUCACUGACUGGUGGGCCAUCGACUAUGCUUACUUCUGUGAACAAAACCAAGCUGUUAAAAUUGUCGAUGCAGACACAAGAGUUGCAAAAGUCAAAGGAACUCAUAAGGAACUUAAAGACAACUCUGAUGUCAGAGGAUUUCGAGUCAAUGGACAAUCCAUGGCAUACUUACCGAAAGGACUUAACAAGUUCUUUGACAAUCUUGAAUUCUUAGCGAUUUGGACAACAGAUUUGAUGGAAAUCCACUCAGAAGAUUUAGCACCGUUCACAAAAUUGAGAAUCUUAAGCAUUUGGGAGAAUAAAAUUGAAUAUUUGGAGAAGGAUUUGAUGAAGUUCAAUCCAAAGAUUGAGUAUAUUGGAUUUGGAAAGAACAGAAUACAGUAUGUUGAUCCAAAUGUCUUUGAUCUAUUGACCAGACUUCAUACUUUACAUUUUGAUGGCAAUGACUGCUAUUCAAAGCAAGUUGCUGGUGACAGAAUUGGAGUGUUGAGGAUGAUUGAUGAAAUGAACGAACAUUGCAACUCCAAUGAAGUUUAAGCUUUGUGAAAAAAAGCUCUUGAAUUCAAAUUGUAA